CCCAUCCCAUCCCCCCCCCCCAUCCCCACCCCCCCCCCGGCCCCAACCCUGGUACCCCCAUCCCCCCCCCCGCCCCAACCCUGGUACCCCAUCCCCAUCCCCCCCCCCCCCCCGCCCCAACCCUGGUACCCCAUCCCCCAUCCCCAUCCCCCCCCCGGCCCCAACCCUGGUACCCCAUCCCACCCCCCCCCCGGCCCCAACCCUGUACCCCAUCCCCCCCCCCCAUCCCCAACCCUGGUACCCCAUCCCCCCCCACCCCCCCCCCCCCCCUCCCCCAUCCCCACCCCCCCGGCCCCAACCCUGGUACCCCAUCCCCAUCCCCCCCCGGCCCCAACCCUGUUACCCCAUCCCCACCCCCACCCCGGCCCCAACCCUGGUACCCCAUCCCCACCCCCCCCCGGCCCCAACCCUGGUACCCCAUCCCCAUCCCCCCCCCAUCCCCAUCCCCCACCCCCCGGCCCCAUCCCCAUCCCCAUCCCCCCUAUCCCCAUCCCCAUCCCCCACCCCCCCAUCCCCAACCCUGGUACCCCAUCCCCAUCUCCCUCCGCCCCAACCCUGGUACCCCAUCCCCCACCCCCCCCCCCCCCACCCAUCCCCAUCCCAUCCCCGACCCCCCCCAUCCCCAACCCUGGUACGCCAUCCCCACCGCCACCCCCCCCCCCCCCCGGCCCCAACCCUGGUACCCCCAUC